GCUGAAAUUCAGUGAAAAAAGGAAAAAAAAAAAUUAAAAUAAAAUAAAAAGGAAAUCCGAGUCGCCGCUUCUCCGAUCACCGUGGAAUCAAUGGAAGCUCGCUUCGAUCCCGCCGAUCUGGCUCGCGGACGGCUUGCGGUGAUCGCCGCUCACCUCGCGACCUCAUCCAUCUCGCCGGCGCUCCUUGAAACCUCGCCCGUCUCGGCUCAGGUGGCUGCGCGCGCCCCGAGUGCUAUCGGUGGUUUUUUGACCGUGAUUGAUGAGAGGACUGGAAAGAAGUAUGAGAUCAAGGUUUCGGAUGAGGGGACUGUGAAAGCUUCGGAUUUUAAGAAGAUUUCCACUGGAAAUCAAGACAAGGGACUUAAACUCUAUGACCCUGGUUACCUCAACACUGCUCCAGUCCGAUCCUCCAUCUGUUAUAUUGAUGGAGAUGAGGGGAUUCUUCGAUAUAGGGGCUACCCCAUUGAGGAGUUGGCCGAAAGCAGCACCUUCACUGAGGUGGCGUACCUUUUAAUGUAUGGCAACCUUCCAUCGCAGAACCAGUUGGUUGACUGGGAGUUUGCAAUCUCACAGCAUUCUGCUGUGCCUCAGGGACUUCUGGAUAUCAUACAGGGCAUGCCUCAUGAUGCACAUCCAAUGGGUGUACUUGUCAGUGCAAUGAGUGCACUCUCUGUAUUCCACCCUGAUGCCAAUCCUGCUCUUAGAGGUCAAGAUCUUUACAAGUUGAAGCAAGUGAGGGACAAACAAAUUGCAAGAAUACUUGGAAAAGCACCAACAAUUGCAGCAGCAGCUUACUUGAGAUUAGCAGGAAGGCCUCCAGUGCUUUCAUCUAAUAACCUCUCAUAUUCUGAAAACUUCUUGUACAUGUUGGACUCCCUGGGUAACCAUUCCUACAAGCCCAACCCUCGUCUGGCUCGAGUGCUUGACAUUCUCUUUAUUUUGCAUGCGGAACAUGAGAUGAACUGCUCCACAGCUGCUGCCCGCCAUCUUGCAUCAAGUGGUGUAGAUGUCUUCACUGCUCUUGCUGGAGCUGUUGGAGCACUGUAUGGCCCACUUCAUGGUGGUGCAAAUGAGGCUGUUCUUAAGAUGUUGAAUGAGAUUGGAACAGUUGAGAACAUUCCAGAAUUUAUUGAAGGCGUGAAAAACAGGAAGAGGAAAAUGUCAGGAUUUGGACAUCGAGUGUACAAAAAUUAUGAUCCCCGUGCUAAAGUCAUCCGCAAGUUGGCCGAGGAAGUCUUCUCAAUCGUUGGGCGUGAUCCAUUGAUUGAGGUGGCUGUUGCACUGGAAAAGGCUGCACUGACCGAUGAGUAUUUCAUCAAGAGGAAGCUUUAUCCCAAUGUAGACUUUUACUCUGGGUUGAUCUAUAGGGCAAUGGGCUUUCCCACGGAAUUCUUCCCUGUUCUGUUCGCUAUCCCUCGCAUGGCUGGAUACUUGGCACACUGGAGAGAAUCACUUGAUGAUCCUGAUAGGAAGAUCAUGAGGCCACAACAGGUCUACACUGGUGUUUGGCUCCGGCACUACAUGCCUUUCCGAGAGCGGACCAUGCCUACAGAGGCUGAUAGCCUUGGUCAAGUCUCCGUGUCGAAUGCAUCAAGGAGAAGGUUGGCAGGUUCUAGUACAUAAAGUAAACCAAGGAAAUGCCCAUUAUCAAAGUAAAUAAAGAUGUUAUGGGCUUACCAUACUGAUGCCACUCCUUUGAAGUAGUUUAAGUUAAACUUUCAAUCUUGAGUCUCAGUAUGAUCUUUGAUUAGAUGUCAUGACUGUAUUCUAUUCCUCUUUAUUUCUCUAUAAAUUUUGUGUCAUGUUGAAGUUACAAACAUUUGUUCUACAUAUUCAAAGGUGAAAAUAAGACUGCGUGAACAGAUAAUAAUACAUAACUCAUGUUAAAUGCAGUCCAGAUCUUGGCAAUAUAAAGCUGCAUGCCUUUCAUGAGCA